GCUGCAGAAACAUCAGCACAGAUUGGAUGUGUCACGGUCCAAACACAUUGUACAUGUACCAUGUCUGAGGAUUUCAAAGAGAAGCGCAGAAAGCAGGCAGAACCUAAGAGAACUCAAGGAGCUCACCAUGAGCAGCUCCUAGAGGAGAUGGAACUUCCAGCUGAAACAGGAGCAGGUAAAGAAGAGACAACAUCUCAGACCCCUCUGUCAUUGACAUUCCCAACAAUAACACAAACUGAAACCAAAGGAUGUAUAGAACCUGCUGACAGAACUGCCAUGAAAGCCUGUGGUUUCUGUGGGAAGGAUUGCAGCUCAUCUGAUGGUGCUUUACAGACUGACCUUUCCGUGAAUGUGUGUCAUUGCUCAGCAAUUUACCAGGAGGAGCUGCAGACCACAGUUAAGAACACAACUGAAAACAGAAAAUUUACGUGUGUGGAAUGUGGAAAAGCGUUUAAGUUUAAACAUCAUUUGAAAGAGCACAUUCGCAUACACAGUGGUGAGAAACCAUAUGAAUGUUCCAAGUGCAAAAGAAGAUUCUCCCACUCCGGAUCAUACAGUUCCCACCUAAACAACAGGAAGUGCUUUCCCUGUAAAGACACAGUCCCCCCAUUGGUGCAUUCCUGCUCUUUCUCAGGAGGAAGUGGCUACAAAGAAAAAUAUGGUGAUCCAGUCAAUCUGCAUCCCUCCCUUGAGAACCUUAGCAAGGAUUGGCUAAUAUACAGUCCAGUUGCUGAAUCUUUCACAAUGUCACAUGUUGCUCGGUGUAGUCAUGAAUUUAAUGUGUCACCUAGAUCAGCUGAGAACAUAUCUGUUGACAUGGCUCUAAGUCCAUCUCUGAAAGAUCCUCUAGCUCUUUACCAUUUUAACAAGGAUUGGUGGAGCAAUUUGCAUCGCAUUCAGAUUGGUGCCAGUGGAUGGUCAGAAGGUGAUCUCAGACAGAUAGAGUGGGCCUCUCUAAUGAAACCAGGAGUUGUACACCAGGGAUCCGAUACCACUCAGUCUGAAAGGUACCAUCCAGAAACACUUCUCCUAAGUCAGCACUAUCAAAGUGUUGUUAUGGGAGAGAACUCAAUGACUUCAGCCUCAUACCAUAAAGAGAUGUCUAAGAAGUACGUACCAAAGUUGGAAUGCUCUGACUACAAGCUUGAAGCCUCAGAGUGCUGUUUUUUACCGCAGCAUUGUGAUUUAAAAGAACAAAUCAACUCAAAUGCCAAAUUACUUAUUCACACCCCAACUAUCACUGUCCUAAACGAGCCACAGCUUGAGCCAUUGGACUUGUCUGUUCCAAAAGCCAGCAACAUUUCCCAUGUGAAGACAACUUUAAGUGAAGAAUCCCAGAAGGAUGUAACUUACACAUUUAAAAGUCCCCGGCCAGAUUCACUCCCAAUGUCAAACUAUACAUACCCACACAAUGAGUCCCUCAAUCUGUCAUGCUUUCUGCCUAAUGUACUACAAAGCUUCUUUCAGAGUCGCUAUCCAUUUCUGCAUAUGAACCAUAGUCUUAGUGGUCUCCCAUAUUGCCCCUGCAUAAACUGCAUUUAUGAAAACAAGACAACAAAUAUAUCAAGAACAAGCAAAGACUGUAGAGUGAUGAAUAUCACAGAGGAGGAGAAAAAAUGCACCAAUUCACCCCGAAAAAAGUCAAAUAAGUCAGAAAAUGGAUUAUAUGUGUGUGAUCAGUGCAAUAAACACUUCCAGAAAAGCAGCUCCCUUUUACGGCACAAAUAUGAGCAUACAGGAAAUAGACCGCAUCAGUGUGAUGUAUGCAAUAAGGCCUUCAAGCACAAACAUCACCUCAUUGAACACAUCCGCCUACACUCAGGAGAAAAGCCAUAUCGCUGUGACAAGUGUGGCAAGAGAUUCUCCCACUCUGGCUCCUUCUCUCAGCACAUGAACCAUCGCUAUUCUUAUUGUCAGAGGGACACUGCAGGUCUCCCUGAAAAUGGUGAGAUGGCAUGGGGGGACAAAACCAGUCAGCUGGAAAAAUACUCAGUACUGCAUUCUACUGAAGAACCGAGGAACGGGGUGCAACUAUGAUGAGCAGCCAGAUCCACAGAGUGCACACAUACCAGGCACUGAAGACGUUUACAAAGGAGAAUCGGAUGGAAUCUUGAUACUUGAAUAAUCGCCAUAGUUUAAUGUUAGACAGAGGAGGCAUGACCAUAGUUUAUGCUGUUAGAAGAUCAUGGGUUUUGUAUUUCAAUAUGACUGAAACAGAUUUUUAUCUUCAAUGCACAAUUGUGAAAAUGUCUCUGGGGGUCAUUUAUCAAAUGUUGAAGAGAGAUAAAGUAGAGACGUUGUUCAUAGCAGCUUCUUAUGUCUUGUUUCUAGCAUAGUCUGUAACAUGACAGUUAGGAGCUGAUUGGUUGGUAGGGGCUGCUUUUACACUUUAUAUCUCUUUACACUUUAUCUCUCUCCAAGAUGUGAUAACUCCCCUCCAGUUUUAUUUAAUUGGAUUCUGUCUAAUCUAAUGCAAGGAUAAAUGUUGGUGCUGAAUGAAGGAUUGUGCAGCUAUUAUGUAAGAAAAGUGAUAUACAGUACUUGCAGGCGUGCAAUAGUAUAUACUGUAUGUGCCAAAACUGUUUCCAAAUACUUACAUUGUUAGGUGCACUAGACAUAUCAGCUGUAAAAUGCACAUGAUGGGAAGUGGCAGUAAAAGCCAUAUACUAGACUUGUGGUGGUGCACAGUAGUGUGGUAAAAAGGGGAUGCAGUUAAAAUGCCGUCUGUCGGGAUCCCGGCAGUCAGGAUACCCACGCCAAAAUCUUGACAGCUGACAAUGCCGACAGCCAGACUCCCGGCACACCAGGGCUAUUCCCAGUCGUGAGUGUCCAUGACACCCAUACAGUGGGAAUAGAUCCUGCGCUCGCCCCCAAGCCCGCAGUGUGGCGAGCGCAGCAAGCCGCAAGGGAAGUCUUAGCACUCCUCCCGCUGCCGGCAUUCUGGUAGGCGGGAUGCCGCUGUCAGGAAAUUGACAGCCUGCACUUGUCAGCCGGUAAUACAGUACGUAUAUAAUCCAGUAAAAAGUCCUCACUUGCCAGUGGCUGUAUGUAGUAUUUCAGGUGAGAUUCGGUUUGCUCAUACUUGAAACAGAAACUCGCUGCAGAAUUUACACAAAAGAGCACAAAUUUCCAUUUAAAAAGACAAAUAGGAAAAUCGUUAAGGUGUCCUCUCAAUGUUUUUUUAAAUUAAAUGAAAUUAAAUUGUUGUCCUCAAAUUGAUGAUAAGAUUAUUUGCAAAUAUUUGAAUUAAUUUUCCUACUUAUUUUAAAACAUAAGCCCAUUGGGUACACACUAAAUGAUGUGUGUACCCGGGUAACGGGAUGGCUGAUGAAAUUAUAUAUCAGCCGUCCCGUACACACUGAAUGAUAUAUUGCGCGACGUGCAAUAUAUUGUUCACGCCUGCAUUCCCCUGCAUCCCGUUGUAUGCCGGGUUAUCCCAUCAGGCAUGCAGCACGCUUGACAGGAGGAUGACCUGGCAAAUGACCCACGGAAGCGCAUUUUAGUGGGUACACACUAGACAAUGUGCCUGAUAUGUCGGUCCAAUCCGUCGGAUUGGGCAACAUAUUGCCUAGUGUGAUACCAGCAGGGGCAGAUUGGGAUGGAAAACCAGCCUGGAAAAUUUAUGGAAGCAGCCCUAAUGGGGGUGUGAUCUAAUUAGGGGGUGGGGUCUGUUGACAUGAGCAGGGCACAUGUCAGGGCGGCGCGGUCACAUGUGAUGCGACCUUGCCAGCUGAAGCAGUUCUGUCUCCAGUUGGGGUGAAGCCCGAGGCUGUCCCCCCCAUCCAAUGGGCUGCGGAUGGGGGGCUGAUAGCCUUUGUUCAAAGUGAUUGAUAUUGUUUUUAGUAGCAGUACUACAAGGCUCAGCAAGCCUCCCCCGCAAGCUGGUACUUGGAGAACCACAAGUACCAGCAUGCGGCGGAAAAAUGGGCCCGCUGGUACCUGUAGUACUACUACUAAAAAAAUACCCCAAUAAAGACAACACACACACACCUUGAAAGUAUAACUUUAAUACAUCCAUCCACACCUCCAUAUACACAUACUUACCUUAUGUUCCCACGCAGGUCGGUCCUCUUCUCCAGUAGAAUCCAUGGUGUACCUGUAGAAAAAAAUUAUACUCACAUAAUCCAUGGUUGAAGGCUCCUCUGCUUGUAAUCCUUUUGUAAUCCACGUACUUGAAAAAAUAAAAAAACGGAUACCCGACCACGAACUGAAAGGGGACCCAUGUUUUCACAUGGGACCCCUUUCCCCGAAUGCCAGAAACCCACUCUGACUGAUGUCUAAGUGGGUUUCUUCAGCCAAUCAGGGAGCGCCACGUUGUGGCACCCUCCUGAUCGGCUGUGUGCUCCUAACUGUCUGACAGGCGGCACACGGCAGUGUUACAAUGUAGCGCCUAUGCGCUCCAUUGUAACCAAUGGUGGGAACUUUCAGGUCAGCGGUUGACCGAAAGUGACCUCACCGCUGACCUGAAAGUUCCCACCAUUGGUUACCAUUGGUUACCUUGAUUGAAGGGGUCCCCACUCCCCCAGGGUACCCCGGCCAGGGGUGACUAGUUGGAUAUUUGAUGCC